AUGAAUCCCUCCAAUAUGAUUCGGGGAAGACUACCUUUUCUUCUUAACAACACUGACCCUUUUCAUACCCUGUCUCAAGCAAUUUCAUCCAAGUCUGCCACCCUUGCUGGCCAGGAGAUACCCAAAAAGGUCUGGCAGACAUGGCAUACUUCCGCCAUUCUUCUAGACGAAGAGGAAAGAGAGCGAGCCCGGACAUGGCAGGAGAAGAAUCCUCACUAUCGAUACGAAUUGCUCACUGAUCAUGGCGCGGAGAGCUAUGUACGCCAUCAUUUCGCGGAUGACCCUCUGAUCCGAGAUACUUUCCUCAACCUCACAGACAAAAUCCUCCGAGCUGACUUCAUGCGCUACCUUGUCCUCGCGGCAGAAGGCGGUGUCUAUGCAGAUUUAGACGUAGUUUGCCAGGAGCCCAUCGACACGUGGAUCCCUCUAGCCUUCCAGGGCAAGACCGGCGUUGUCAUUGGCGUAGAAAAUGACCGCAUGCCCGUGGAGAACGAUGCGAGUCUUUACUAUGACUACCGGAAAUACAUCUGGGGUAUCAACAAUUGGACUUUCAUGUGCACAGCCCGUCACCCGUUUAUGCGAUUUGUUGCUGAGUCGGUCGCGAGAAACCUCCUCGAGAUGGCCCGGAAGCAGUAUAGAACCCUCGCAACAAUGAAGCUUUCGUAUAAGGAGGUCAUCGACUCGACUGGGCCGGGGGCGUUCACCAAUGCGCUGUUUGCCUAUGUAUCACGCGCGACGGGCAAAAAGAUUACGCACAAGGAUGCAACCAUGCUGGAAGAGCCUAAGCUAAUCGAUGAUAUACUCAUCCUCCCCAUCAGAGCAAUGAGCACUGCCGAAGCUGAACGUGAGGGUGUCGAGGGAGCCCAUUCCAAAGACUGGCCUGCUGUGGUUUUUCAUUGGUCCGUGGGGUCUUGGAAGAGUGAUCAUCCUCAACGCCCGGAAGAUCAAGCGGCGGCUGAGGCAGAGGCGAAUGUCGAAGUGGAAGAUAGCCCAGCAGCGGAUGAUAUCUUGGCGGUGGAUGGAGCUCCAGCAGCGGAGGAAGUCAGAGCUGCUGAAGCAGUCCCAGCAGCGGAAGGAUUUCCCUCAAUGGGGGAUAAUGGAGCGGUGGAAGGGGACCCAGCACUAGAAGCAGCCCUUUUACAGGACGGAGCCCAAGCUGUUGAAGGUGAUCAAGUAGUUGAAUUGGAAUCACCUGUCGAAGGGAAUCCACCAUUCGCAGGGAACCCACCAGUCGAAGCAAAUCUGCCAGUCGAAGGAAAUCCGCUAUUGGAAGGAGAUUCACCAGUCGAUGGAAAUCCACCGAUAGGAGGAAAUUCACCAAUUGGGGGAGAUCCACCAGUGGUUGCGGACUUACCAGUGCAAUGA